UUUGAGAUCGCCAGCUUCAGCAGCCUGUCGGGCACGCAGCCCAUCAGCUGGCAGGUGGAGUACCCCCACCGUGGCACCUCCGAGCCCGCCCUGGCCGAGAUCUUCAUCUGCCAGAAGGACCUGGUGGGAAUCGUGCCCCUGGCCAUGGACACGGAGAUCCUGAACACGGCCAUCCUGACGGGCAGGACGGUGGCAGUGCCCAUCAAGGUGGUGUCCAUCGAGGAGAACAGUGCUGUGACAGACAUCUCGGAGUCCGUGGAGUGCAAAUCCUCGGGGGAGGACGUCAUUAAAGUUUCCGACAGGUGUGACUAUGUUUUUGUCAACGGCAAGGAGAUGAAGGGCAAGGUGAACGCCCUGGUGAACUUCACCUACCAGUACCUGAGUGCUCCCCUGCACAUGACGGUGUGGGUGCCACGCCUGCCCCUCCAGAUCGACAUUUCUGACACGGAGCUCAGCCAAAUCAAAGGCUGGCGAGUCCCUGUCGUGUCCAACAAAAGGCCCACCAGGGACAGCGAUGACGAGGACGAGGACGAGCGGCGGGGCAGGGGCUGCACCCUGCAGUACCAGCACGCCAUGGUCAGGGUGCUGACACAGUUUGUGGCCGAGGACUCGGGCCCCUGGGGCCAGCUGAGCUACCUGCUGGGCUCGGACUGGCACUUCGACAUCACUGACCUGGUCAGGGACUUCAUGAAGCUGGAGGAUCCGCACGUUGCCAGGCUGCAGGAGGGCAGGAUCCUCAUCGGCCGGGAAGUGGGCAUGACCACCAUGCAGGUUUUGUCUCCUCUGUCUGACUCCAUCCUGGCAGAGAAGACAGUGACUGUGCUGGAUGACAAAGUGACCAUCACAGACCUUGGAGUGCAGCUGGUGUCUGGGCUUUCUCUCUUCCUGCAGCCCAGUGCAGCCACCAGCAGGGCCAUUGUGGCCACGGCCGUUGCCCAAGAGCUGCUCCACACUCCUAAGCAGGAAGCUGUGGUGAGCACCUGGAUCCAGUUCAGUGACAGCUCUGUUACCCCUCUGGACAUCUACGACCCCAAGGACUUCUCUCUGUCGGCCGUGUCGCUGGACGAGGCCGUUGUGUCCGUGCACCAGAGCCCUGCCCUGAAGUGGCCCGUUGUGGCGGCGGAGGGCGAGGGCCAGGGAGCGCUGGUCAAGGUGGACAUGAUGAUCUCCGAGGCCUGCCAGAAGUCCAAGAGGAAGAGCGUGCUGGCCGUGGGGAGCGGCAGCAUCAAGGUGAAGUUCGGGCAGAACGACGCGGACGCGGAGGUGGGCGGCGACUACGACGCGGACGAGAUCGAGAACCGCGCCAGCGACCGGCGCCACAAGGCCGCGGAGCACGACGGGCGCUACUACGGCAGCUCCUCGGCAGAGAGGGACGAGGGGACCCUCAGGAAGGCCAGCACCACCGCCAAGUCCAUCCUCAAAAACAAAGUCGUCAAAAACAACCGCCUGGACGGCGGCAAGCUCUCGGACGACAGCCAGCUGCAGAACAUCCCCAUCGACUUCACCAACUUCCCCGCCCAGGUGGAGCUGCCCAAAGGCGGGGCUGGCAUGGAGGACAGCGACCUGGUGCAGACACCCCGGGGCCUCAGCGACCUGGAGAUCGGCAUGUACGCCCUGCUGGGCGUCUUCUGCCUGGCCAUCCUGGUGUUCCUCAUCAACUGUGCAACAUUUGCACUCAAGUACCGCCACAAGCAGGUGCUGGUGGAAGGACAGACCACCAUGACCCACUCCCACGACUGGGUGUGGCUGGGGAACGAGGCAGAGCUGCUGGAGAACGCGGCAGACGCGUCGCCUCAGCAGGACGAGCACACCACCAUCAUCGACCGGGGCUCGGGCGGCGAGGAGAGCAACCAGCUGCUGAACGGCAGCGCCCAGAAGAACGCUGCGAGCCAGGCGCACAGGGCUGCAGACCCGGGGGGGAGGCUGGGCAAGGAGCACAAGGUGGAGCCUUUGCACUCGCCCACGUCCAAGAGGAAGCGGGUGAAGUUCACCACGUUCACCACCAUCCCGCCCGACGACGGCUGCCCCACCGUCAACUCCAUCCUCAGCAGCAAUGACGAUGACAUUAAGUGGGUGUGCCAGGACAUGGACCUGGGCGACUCCAAAGAGAUCAGAAACUACGUGGGGAAGUUCAAAGACAAAGCGUAGCUCCCUGCUGGGGGUUUUUUUUUGGGGUUUAACCACACCUUGAUGCCUUCAGUUCUACAGUAUAUAUUGGGGCGGGCGAGGGGGAGGGGAAGGGAUCGCCAGGAGAAAUGAUGAGGCAGUUUUUAUAAUCAGGGAAAGAAAUUUGCCAAACUGUCCGUGGUUUGUUUUUGUUUUUGCUUCGUUUUGUUGGGG